ACCUCACAUCCGACACACUUCUGUUCAAGAUGGCGGUCUGAGUGAAGAAUUUACACCUCUGUGAACUAAUCCAACAGUUAGCUGCUUGGGGAGGUUCGGUUCCGUGUUUAGAGGAUGGUACAUCCACAGUGGCCUGGUUUGCGCCCCGUUUAAAGCGGAGCUGUUGAAGUCGUGGAGUAAACCCGUCCAGGAGCCAGAGAUUGACGGCCCUCGGUAGCUCAGGAUGGACAGCUUCUUCAAGGCAGCGGUUUGUGAUCUGGACAAGGUUCUGGAUGACUUUGAGCUCAAUUCAGAGGAAGCGGAAUGCCAGCCUGUUUUCCUGAAGCCCCCUGCGUACCCGUUCUGCCCGGACGUCCCCAGCGGCCCAACCAGCCUCCCAGACCUCAAUUCUCUCCAUUAUGGCUCCGCAGGAAGCUGUUCAGAUGCCUCCAAUGGCCAGCAGACGGCUGACGUUGGCGAGGUCAGAGGUCAGCCCCUGACUGCCGUGGACCUUCUGUCCUCCGUUGACCGCAGGCCUGCUAAAAACGCGGCCCCGCCCUGCCCGGACAGAACUCUGAAGCCGGUGUGCGACCUCGUAAACGAUGCCAGCUCGGCCAUCUUGGUUCGGACCAACAGCCAGGAGGAGGAGGAGGAGGCGCUGCUGGUGGACUUUGACAGCCCCGCGGUCACAGAGGUGGGGGUGGGGCUUAACAUAAACAGUGUUGAGGAGGAGCAAACUGAGCUGAGCUGCCACCAACAGAGCGGCGGUUACUCGGCUUCACUUAGUUUGCUGGACAUUAUUUUUCCGGCGGCGGCGGAGAAAAGCUCUGAACCUUCUGAUCAGUCGGAGUUGGCAGAUGCAGACGAGAAGGAGAGUGAAGAGCAGCUGGAGGGGGCGUCCUCGGACCGCCAUAAAGCAGAGAGCGAUAACGAAGUGACGUCAUUAAGCAAGGAGCAACCUUCAGAUCAGGCCGCUGAAGGCGAGUCAGACGAAGGUAUAGAGUGUGAAUCCUCAAACGGCGAACCGGGCAGCUUGUCAUGCCUGCCGCUGGCCGUGUCGAUAUGCGGCGCUCUGGUGAACUCCACCACCUCAGAGGAUCCUCCCGGAGCAGCAGAGGCGUCUGAGAGCACAGGAGGAAAGGAUGACGGCAGAGACGGCUCCUCUGACUCGGAGCAGAUGUCAGAGAGGAGGCCGUCUCCAGAGGGGCAGCACGCUUCGCUUGGUUCUGCUCCGGCAGAGCCCGACCCGCCCUACGCUCCUGAGUUCGGCUUUGAAUACCUGCCUGAGAGCGAUCAGGCGGAGCUGCUGGUUACAGACGAAGAACUGGACGCUUUCCUGCAGGCGCACGCGGAAGCAGAGCAGGGGGCGGGGCCUUCUCUCUGCUCCAGAGGUUCUGGAGAUGAACCCCAGUGCCUCUCGGAGUCAGGGCAGGUUCUGGAAGAACGACGAGAUGAGCCGGAACCAGGAAGCUGUGGCCAAGAACAGGAAGAGCCAGAAGCUCUGUCGUCUGCAGAUGCAACAUCUGCUGCAUCUGCAGAGAGAAGCUUCAGUCCUCCUGCUCUUUCAGCGUCAGGAGAGUCUAUACCGUUACAAUGCCAUGACUCCUAUGGAGGCGCCAGACCAAAACAGCCCCACAGCCAAACCGCCAGACCUCCACCAGCAGGAGAGGAAGGAACGGAGCCCAGCACCUCCCCAACACCUGAAGAACAGGAGCACCCAGCUCCCACAGAGGACCCGUCUAAAUUCAGGGACUCUGACCUCAGCAGCCCUCCGUAUCAGCAGGAUUUCUCUGCAGGGUUUGACGAACUCUCAGAGCCGCCUCCAUACCCCGGGGAGGAGCCGCUGGGCGCUGCCAGGCCGGCCAACUGGAAGGGGGACGGUGAGGAGGAGCUGGGGAGCAUUCAGCCAGCGUGGGUGCCAGACGCUGAAGCUCCGUCCUGCAUGAAAUGCCACCAGACGUUCACCUUCAUCAAGCGGCGGCAUCACUGUCGGGCCUGCGGGAAGGUGUACUGUGCCGGGUGCUGCAACAGAAAGUGUAAACUCAAGUACCUGGACAAGGAGGCUCGUGUGUGCGUCCUCUGCUUUGACACCAUACAUAAAGCCCAGGCCCUGGAGCGGAUGAUGAGUCCAACAGGCCCGAGCCCGAACCCCAACAUCCCCUCUGAGUACUGCAGCACCAUCCCUCCUCUGCAGCAGGCUCGCGCAGCUGGAACUCUGAACUCCCCCCCGCCCACCGUCAUGGUCCCCGUCUCCGUUCUCAAACAGCCAAAUAACGACGCUUGCCCACGUGAACAGAAGCGCGUUUGGUUUGCUGACGGCAUCUUGCCCAACGGGGAGGUGGCAGACACGGCGCGGCUGUCUGUGACCAGCCAGAGGAGCUCCCAGGAUUUCAGCCCAGACCCAGAAACGCCCGGCUCAGCUGGAUCUGACCCUGGAGGUGAUGAACCAUCCGGCUCUGAGGCCCCCGGAGCCGCGCCGGUGGAGCGAGCGCCGGUUUCUGGGCCCUGGGAUUACGGCUUGCUUUCUGGGAUCGGUUCUUCGGUGAGCAGGAUUGCCAGUCUGCUUCCAGACAACGAGGAUGAGCUGCCUCCUCUGCUCAUCACCACCGGGGAGGAUGACGGAGAAGAUGUUCUGGUGGAGGAGAGUCCAGCCCCCUGUCAGAUUCGACACCUGUUGGAGGAAGGAGGGCCGCGCCCUUUGACCUUUGUUCUGAAUGCCAACCUGCUGAUAAAUGUCAAACUGGUCACAUACGGCAGCAGGCAGUGCUGGUGCUUCGGCUCCAACGGGCUGCAGGCUCUCGGGCAGAAGGAGCUGGUUUUUCUGCUGGAAUGUUUGUCGGGAGAAAAAACGCUUCCCAGAGACCUCUUCUCUCUUUAUCUCACCAUUUACCAGGAUGCCCAGAAAGGGAAGUUUGUGGAGGAGCUGGAUAACGUCACGUUCACCAGCAGUUUCCUGGACAGCAAAGAUCACGCCGGGAUGCUGUUCUUCGCCCCCACCUGUCAGCCCCUGGAUGGCCUUACGCUGCCCCCCCAACCGUUCCUGUUUGGCCUCCUGGUCCAGAAACUGGAGGUCCCUUGGGCCAAAGUGUUCCCGCUCAGACUGCUCCUGCGGCUCGGAGCUGAAUACGACAUGUAUCCCACUACGCUGAUAAGUGUCCGAUUUCGGGAGUCAGUGUAUCGAGAGACGGGACACACCAUCAUGAAUUUAUUGGCUGACCUGAGGAACUACCAGUACAGCCUGUCAGUGGUGGAAGGCCUGAGGAUCCAUAUGGAGAUGGGACACAGCUACAUAGAGAUCCCCAAGGCUAGCUUUAGCGAGAUGCAGAAGGUGGUGAACUCAUCCAACGAGCAUGUCAUCAGCAUCGGAGCGAGCUUCAGCCAGGAGGCCGACUCUCACCUCGUCUGUUUCCAGAACGAGGAGGGAAACUAUCAAACUCAAGCCAACAGCAAGCCGGGGGAAACUCGCACAGUGACUGGGGCCAGUUUCGUGGUGUUUAACGGAGCGCUAAAAGCCUCGUCAGGUUUUAUCGCCAAGUCCAGCAUCGUGGAAGAUGGGUUGAUGGUUCAAAUCCCACGGGAAACCAUGGAGUCUUUGCGCUCCGCCCUGAGGGAGCAGACAGACUUCGACAUACCCUGCGGCAAGAAUGACGGCGGGGAAGUCAAAGAGAACGUCACGGUUCGCUGGGUUGACUGGACCUCGCCUGUUAACUCGGGUAAAACCAGUGGAGUCGAUGGGAGACCCCUGGACGGCGUCCCCAGCGUGAGGAUGGAGCAGGACACAGAGUUUGAGUCGCACAGCCGCACCAUUAGAUGCACCGAGGUUUUCUACCAGCUGAAGUCUCCUGACUGCAGCCUGGCGGCGGUGCUGUCGUCCUGCAGCGGCUUUCAGAAGGAGAUCGCCUUGGCAACAUGCAGCGCUCUGGCUCCUCACCUCUCGGUUCUUACCUCAAGUGGGAUCAACUCGCUGUGGCUUCGCGUCUCCACACAGGCUGACAUGUUGGAGUACCAGGCCGGAUCCGGAGGCAGGCUCCUCCCUCAGCGCUACAUGAACGAGAUGGACGGCGCUCUGAUCCCUGUCAUCCAUGGAGGUGGCGCCAGCGUGCCGCAGACCGCCAUGGAUAUGGAGCUGGUGUUCUACAUCACACACUCUCUGCAGUGAUCGUAAGACCUCCGCACACUAAAGAAGAUGGCCGCUGAACAGAUGAUCUAUUUUUUAGCGGGAAAUAGGUUCCCUUCGGCGCGCUCUCCAAAGCUGCUACAUCUACCCGACGCCAAACACUAAAAACCUAAGAACCGAAGCGUCAUUCUCUAUUCUGCCUUCCCGGCUCUCCGCUCGUAAGGAGAGCCUCUGCGAAUGUCACCACAGUCUCAUCUGGAUGUAAUUAUUCAAACUAAAAAACAUGGGCUUAACUCAGUGAAAA